GCAGACGCCGGGGGUGUGGUCUCUGACAUCAGCACGCGCUGUUCUACUCCCUAGGUCUGGCUCGAGGUCUGGACCAGGCAAGCGUCAUUAUAUCGGACCAUAUGGACGUCUGCUUUUAUAUUCUGUAUUUUAAUAAACAAGUCGCACAAAUUGGAUAACGAAUAGAAGGCAAGAGCAUCGAAAGAGAGGCAAGUUUGUUUUGCAUUUUCGCAGAGUAGGCUACCACUCGAGUUUCAGCAUGCUGCUCUGAAGUUCCUAUUCGCCAAGUCACGUUUUGUAGGGCUGGCUGGGAGAGAGAGGGCUGGCUGAGAGUAUGCUGGACUGGAUGCCUCGGCCUGUCAGCUCUGCAGUGGAUUAAUAUUAUUCAGGUACAGGAGGGAGCCAGAUUCGCGUGUUGUGUGUUCAUCGUGCUGACACUAUUAGACAGAGGGGUGGAGCUUUAGAGGUGGACCUAACCAAGGACGACUGUCUGGUUUCUUCUCAGUGUAUGGUGCAGUUUCUCACCCUGAUGCUGAAGGGAUCCUUCCAAUGUUGACUCUUUGAUCCUCUCAUCAACCCAAGGGCUUCUAAAUUACUAGACUACAGAGGGGAGUGCUAAAGGAUUAGGCCUCGCUGAGGCAUUCGAUUUAAGUUUGCAAAGUAAAAACAGUCGACGUGAGUGAGUGGUACAGGAGAUCUCAGUUGGAGCCUACCUGAGGACCUAUCUAUGAGCCUGUGACUGUGGCCAUGACAGCCUCUGACAGCAGCUUCCAGUACCGUGCGCUCUUCGAGUACAAACGGGAACGUGGUGAUGACAUCAGCCUCCAGCCGGGGGACGUCCUGACGGUCCUGAAAGCCUCCCUAAAGGACUACCAGGAAGGGGACGAGCGCAGCCCCAGGGGAUGGCUGCACGGCACCAACGAGCGGACCAAGGAGAAGGGCGACUUUCCUGGGACGUUUGUGGAGUAUGCAGGGGUGGUGAGGCAGGGGCUGCCUGUGGCCAAGCCCUGGCCCAGGCCCGUACCCCCAACCCCUGGAGGAACACAGAGCAGCGUCGGGCCCGGGCCCCAGCCUCCAGGGGCCACUGCAGCAGGAGGUGGGGGGCCAAGGGAGGCCCCAGAGGUGUGUGCUCUGCCUGAGCAGGCUCCUGUGGCGCUACACAGGCUGAUAGAAGCUCUGGAGAAACAAGGCUUGGAGAGUGAGCCACUGUACCGGACGCCCCCAGCCUCCACCGGACCCCCAGAAUUGAGACAGGCUCUUGACACAGACCCAGUCUCAGUGGAUGUGGACCAGUAUGAAGUGGCAGUGUUGUCUGAUACUCUGAGGGGUUUCCUCCAGGACCUGCCCUCCCCCAUCAUCCCAGCUGUGGUCUACAGUGAACUGGUCUACACUGCCCAAGGUACAGUAACGGUACACUCACAAUGGUAGUGAUUAACUAACAUCAAACAUCACGGUCCAUAAUCAGCUAGGCCACAUGGAAUCGACACAGUUUGCACAGACUUAUUGCGGCUAGCCCAUCACAGAGUUCUGCUGUCACUUGAAAUAAAAUUAAGUUAUGAACAAUUCGGCCUCCCGGGUGGCGCAGUGGUCUAGGGCAGUGGUCUAGGGCAUCUAGGUAGCUGCGCCACCAGCUAGCUGCGCCACCAGAGUCUCUGGGUUCGCGCCCAGGCUCUGUCGCAGCCGGCCGCGACCGG